GAAGAAUCAGAAAUCUAGUGGUUCUUCCUUAACUCCGAAAUUGAUAGCUAUCCUUCAUAAAUUAAAGGAAGUAUCAUUAAAAGUGGUGGUAGUAGAAACAAAAGUAAAUCUUCAUGUUCCUGAUCCUAAGGAUCCACUCACCUCAUAUGUUCGGAAUUCAAAGGGGAAUAUAAUUGUGACAUUUUCAUUAUUAUCAUUCUUUCAUCGAUUCUAUACCAAGAAUUUCAAUACCCUCAUGACCAAUAAGAGACGAUCCAAACGAUUCAGUUUGAAUGGAUUAUUUAAACUCAAGAACUUUCGAUUUGAAGCCGCUGGAAAUUCCGUUCAUCUUGCUAAAAUCAAUUUACUCUCGAUCUUCAAUAUUGUUGAAUCUACUUUAUCAUUAAAGAUUUCCAGUAAAGAUGUUAAAAUUAAAUCUGUCAAUGCUGCAGUAUUUCACCUUGUACGAGAAUUCAGGAAUCGAUCAAUUAUUCAUUUUAAUGAGAAGUAUGCCUACUUAACAGCCAAAAGUUUUCAACAAUCUAUCUUACCUCAAGUUGAAGAUGAACAAUUUGAUCAAGUAUACUAUAAUCUUUUUGAAUUAGCUCCUAAAUUCCUUGUAUCAUUUAAACUGACUAUUACUAAUAUUCAAGCUGAGAUUGUAUGUAAGGAUGGACUUCCAUCCCAUAUUAUAUAUGAUGAAAAGCUUGAAAAAGAUAUUGAUUUAAGUGAAUAUAAGCGAGGAGUUACCCUUCGAUUGAAUGAUAUAUCGGUGAUAUAUAAGAAACAAAAGGAAGAUAUUCAUAUGGGUAUUAAAUCCUUAGAAAUGUUUACUGUUAGUGAAUAUACUACGGAAUAUAUUGCUGAUUUCGAUCAUGUGGAAUGGCAAGGAUCUGAUUCAGAAUUCACAGAUAUGUCAUCAUUAAAUUCUCGAAUCUCCAUCAAUAAUAUCGAAGGUGAUGAUGAUGAAACAUGGACUAAUUCUCGAAAAGUUAAACGAGUAUUAAGUAUACGAGAGAUUAGUCUUGGUAAUCGUUCAACUAAUGAAACCACUAAAGAUAUAAAUCGUCUUCAUCUUGAAAUCCCUGAAGUUGAUGGAAGAAUGGAUAUCUUUUUCUUAUGGUGUACUAUCUAUGCCAAGACACUUGUUAAUUUAUAUGCUCCUACGGUUGAAAGUAAUUGUCUGAAGGAAGAAAUGAAACGACUCAGUGGACCUCUGAGUAAAUUAAAGUUGGAUAUAUCCGUUCAUUCAUUUGCUACGGUCAUUAGACUACCUAAUGAUGUGGAUGUUAUGAUUGAACUUGAUAGCUUACGUAUGAAGAAUGCCUUAGUGGCUAAUAGUACCACACUAAAAUAUGCUAGAUUAUAUGUUAUUCAUCCAUCUACCAAGCUUUGGACAAGACUUAUAAUCAUUAAAGAGCCCUUGAUUAAUGUGGAGACUCAUAAGAUUAUGGAACAUACUCAAGUGGCUGUGUCGGCCGCCAUUAUACGACUUAAUAUUCCUCAUCAAUUCCUCUUUUAUACAGUGAUAGAUAACUUUGUUACCUUAUUUAAAACCAUAACUCAACUCAAUUAUAACUUUCGAAAUAUGGGGUAUGGAAUCUAUGACUAUAGUCGAAUCUUACCACAAGCCAAGCCAGCACCUAAGAUCCCUAAUGUCAAUAUUAAAACCAAAAUGUUUGGACUCACCAUUGAGAAUGAUCCAUUUGAGAAUGAGUUAUCGUAUAUCUAUGAAUUGGGAUUGGUGGAACAGAGAGAACGACUUAAGAAAUGGAAGGAAUUUGAUAAGAAGGCCGAAGCCAUGCGAAGUGGCGUUGAACCAUCGAUUGAGGAUAAGAUUAAGUUAUCUUCUGUGCCUCCUCCAAGAAAGAAAGUGGGAGGAAUCACUACCAACACCAACACCAACACCACCAACACCACCGCCAACACUACUAUGGCCAAUUCCAAUUCCAAUUCCAAUUCUACUUCUACAAACACAACUACUGUUCCCAAAUUCACUAGUCCACUUCGACAAUUCUUUUCAGAAAGUGAACGAGCUCUGGGUAAGUCUGGAGGUAAAAGUUCUGCUGCCUCAUCUACCAAUAUUAAUGGUAAAUCAGAUACUGCAGAACAGGUGGAAGAAAAGAUUCAAAUGGCUAAGGAACAUUUGGAAUCUAAUUUGGCUACGUCAUGGAUCGCCAAGUAUAAGGUAUUCCGAAAAGUUAAAGUGGAUAGUUGGAAGAAACGAUGUAUACGAGCAUGGGGAGAUGAUGUGGUUAGUGGGAUUAUUACUGAGAAAUUUGAUAUUCUUGAUCAUCCUGAAGGUCCUACCUUAAUGGGAGCUGUAUUCCGAGAUUUGGAUUUGAAUAUCUCUCAAGCUGCUCUUCCUGAUGUGGAUCAAUUCCUCUAUGAAUAUGGUCAAAAUCAACCUAAAUUAGACUAUUCUAUCCUUGUCCCACUUUCAUUCCAUCUUCGAAGUCGUUCACUCUAUGCAUUCCUACGAGAUUAUCCACUCCCACUUGUAUCAUUUCCUGAGAAUCAUGACUUAUCCAAACCCACUGUCAAUAUCUAUGGAGAUAUAGUCAUUAAUGAGAAACUUGUUCAUCGUAAAGAAGAAAUGAGAUUCAUCUUUGUCCCCUUCUCUCCGGCUGUAACAGGGCAUAAGUUUGAAGAUAGUUUCUAUUCGGUGUUCAUUCCAAGAACGUUAACUCCCGUUAAGUUUAUGGUUAAUUUAACUUGUGAUUUGAAUACUGAUAGAGCCUGUAUGAUUUCUUGGUGUAAAUCUUAUCAAGCAGCUAUGCUGGCUGCUUCUAUGGCAUUUGAUAAUUUUACUAAACCUAAAAUUGAUGAUAGUCCAUUAGGAUGGUGGGAUAAAGUAGCAUUAUUACUUCAUGGGAAAGUUAAAUUUAAUAUUGCUAAUGAGUUAUGUCUUCAUAUUAAGAGUUCGACUAAUCCCUAUGAAUUAGUAGGAAAGAAUGCAGGAUUUGUAUUCUGUUGGAAGAAUAAUGUGAGUCUUCGAAUUAAUGAGACUGGUCAACUGAAGGAAUUAAUUAUAUUAGAGAGUGAUGAUUUUGUACUUGGAAUUCCUAAUUAUUCCAUUCAAGAACGUAAGACUUGGAGUUUAUUCUAUGAUGAAAUGGAAGAAUAUGUACCAGAUAUUGAUCUGGAAGCUAAGAAAUUUAGUAAACGAGUUAUGAAGUUGAGUUCAGCCAAUAAAGUUCAAUGGACUUUGGGGAUUUUACUUGAACGGAAUAAGAAUGGGACGGCAAUUUUAAGUGAUGAUCAAGAGAGAACUAGUGAAUUUAAACCUCAUUAUGAUGUGGUAGUGACUAGUCCACAAUUUGAAUGGCAUCCAGAUUCUUAUGCUAAGUAUAGAUCAGAUUAUAUUCAUAUGGCAAUAUCAGUAAUUUCUACUUCAGCAGAAGGGAAUUCUCAUAAUGCUGUAUAUUUAACACCAUUAACAUUCCAUUACUUCUUUACGUGGUGGAAUCUAUUGAAGAACCAUACAUCUUUACCCAUUAGACAAGGUCGAUUAUUUCAUGAUAAAGUGGCUGAUCCAUCUCAUGUUAAAAUGGGUCCUCAUCUUGUGACAUUAAAGUAUCAAUUAGUACUUGAUCCAUUAACUGUAUCUCAUAUGUAUAUGCAUUCACAUUCAUCCAAAUCUGGUCAUGAACGUAUAGCCUUUACCGGUUUAAAGGGUAAAUGUACUCGGUUCUCAUUAGAUCUUCAUCAACGUAAAGAAGUAGUAACGUAUGUCAAUAAGAAAUUAAAUAUUGAAAAUAAAGUACAACACUUUAAGAUGAAUCAGGGAGAAAUUAAUGCCCAUGAAACUGAUUUACGAUUUGUUAAUGCCAUAUUUAAGGAUACAUCCAUGAGAGGACAAUUGGCCUCAUUUUUAAAUGGAAGUGUUCAUGAAUCUAUAUCAUCUCCUAACUAUUCUGAAACCACUUCAAAGUUUAAGAAUUGGACAGAUAAUGUUGAUGUAUUUGAUAAUGAUUUCUCAUGGGUUGAUCCUGAUGAUUUUAUUGAACUUGAAGUUAGAGGUCCGUUAUCUCCUUAUCCUCAUAUCACAGUUAUUCCCUUUUGUUUUACUCCUAAAUUCAGUUAUGUGAGAGAGUAUUCUCUUCACAAGGAUGGUACUUAUCCAUUUGGUCAUGAACAUUCUCAUGAUUGUCUUAUGGGAAUGGCUAAGCCGGAAGAGACUCAAGCAUUGCUUCUUAAGAGACGAAUGAAGACACUUGAGAGUGAUAUAAAGACAAGUAAAUCAGUACUUGAGACUUGUGGUGGUACUGGCACUACAGCUGAUCGAAUUAAACUCGAUCUUAAGGUUCAACAGGAGAAGUUGGAGGUUGUUCAGUCACUUUAUGAAGGGUUUGUUGAUUCAGAUCUGGGUCUGCGUCUGCGUCUGCAUCUGAGUCAUGGACUGGGUCAUGAAUCGGAUACGGAUAGUCUUGACCUUGCCCGAAGCACGUCUCGUUCCUUAUCAGUAUACUCGAGUCAUGCAUCUUAUAUAGGACUUGGAGCCUGUGUAGUGGGAGGUGUUAGUCAAUUCCAUAAUCGAUUCAUUGUUCAUAAUUUACAAUUGAAAUGGAAUAACUCGUUACGAGAUUUGUUUAUUGAGUAUAUACAACGAGUCAGUGAUCGUAAAUCUCAUGUAUACUAUAUGAGUAAACGAGCAGUUGAUUUAGUUGAAAGUGUUAUAAAUUCCAGUGUUGAACGAGAGGGAGAUGAAGUACCAGAUACUCAAGGAACAGCCUUUACUCGAGAAUUUAAGAGUGGAGAAGAAGUAAUUAAUGGAUUUAAUGAUGAGAUUGAUGAGAUGGAUGAUCCAUUAUAUGAACCCGAAUAUAAAUAUCUUGUUAAAUUCAUUCAUCCUCAAAUACAAUUAGUAAGUCUGAAGACGGUUGACUCAUGUAUGAUUAUUACUAGCCGAGAUUUAGAAAUGAGAAUCAUUGAUGUUAAUAUGGGUAAUACCAAUCAAAUCAUUAAUGAUAGUUCAUUACUGAAUCUUGUAGAGUCUCGAUAUGGAGUGUUGUUUAAGGAUUCUCAUGUGUUUGUAUUUAAUCGUCAAGAUAGUGGAAUUAUGCAUCCUGAAAUCGCCUAUGGAAAUGAAAAUCAAGCAGUCAAUGUUAAUUGGCCUCCAUGGCUUGAAUGUGAAGUAUGUUAUGAUACUUCAUGGGCCAAGACUCAACUUAUUAUUGAACGGAAUUCUAUGGCAUUAGUAUUAAAGAAACCCAAUUUCUUAUUUUCUGAAAAUAAUGCUGUUAAUCAAAGUAAUGAGAUUGUAGUACAAUUGGCCAAGAUUGUUAUUAAUGCUACAUCUCAACAGUAUAGUAGUAUGUUCUAUGUAAUUACAGAUUUACUUGUUCAUGGUAAGACUAAACGAGAUGAAUUACUUAAUCGUCUUGAUAAGAUUAUGUCACUUUCAGAUUCUGCUGAUUUUCAAGGAUUAGAUGAUAGAGUUCGGAAUCUUCAAUUUACUAUUCGAGAGUAUAAUAAUUUACUUUUAAAAUUAGACUUUAAGAGUAUUGAUAUUAAUGCCCAAGAGAAGGAACAAUUACGAAUCUUGGAACUUGAAUUAGAACGUCUGAAAGUUGAACUUAGUGUACUUAUGAAAGGGUUGGGACUGAGAUAUAAACAACAAUCCACUAAACAAAGUAGUAGAUUCUGGAAUAUCUUGGCUGAUCAAGUGAUUUGGCAUUUAUUAGAUGAUAAUCGUGAACCAUUUAUUGAUUUUGCCUUAGCUUCAUCUCGUUAUACUCGUAUAGAUUCAUAUGAUGGAUCUGAUAUUCAUAAAGUUGAAGUUAGUAUGAUUCAAGGAUUUAAUUUACAAGAAGGUACUGUAUAUCCAGAAUUAUUACGACCUUAUUUAGAUGGUAAAGAUAUGGAUUCACCAGGAAUUAAACAAACUAUUGGGAAAUGUGCUGAUAAUCCUCCAAUCAUUGAAAUGACUUGGAAAAUGUUGGAAGAUGUUGGAGGUAUCCCUAUCAUUCAACAUGCUAAAUUAGCCAUUCAACCGUUAAAAGUUGAAUUGGAUUAUAAUACGGCUAAGGCCUUAUUUAAGUAUAUGUUCCCUGAUUCAGAUACUGAAUCAGAUGAUUUAGAACGAGACUUGUAUGGAGAUGAUGAAGAAGAUGAAGAAGCAGAAGGUGAAGCCGAUGGUGAAGCUGAUGAUUCAGAAGAGAGUAUCUUUUCCAAUAAUAAACCAUCACGGAAUCCAUUCAAGAACUUUAUAGCUAAGCAUCGAUCCCCAUCGAGUAGUCGAUCUCUGAUGGAUACAAACUUUGAUAAUACUACUAAUGAAGUAGCAUCAUCACGAGCUUCAUCAGAUAAUUUAUCGCUUGCAUCAGAAACUCAAGAAAAGGUUAAUCAACUCUUGAAACCAAAGAAGAAAGAUAAGUAUACCGAAGAAGGAGAUGAUAUCUCUAUUAUUAUCAGUAGAUCAUUGAAAUAUAAAUCAAUGAUAGAAGUUGAAGUGGCUAGCUUUAAAUUAUAUGCUAGUUUUAAAGCUCCUAAACAUCUUAAUAUUCUUGAUGUUCAUAAACUUCGACUUAAUAUUCCUAACUUAAAAUAUACCAAUAAGAUUUGGUCAGGUGAAGAUUUUUGUGUUAGACUUCGGAAAGAUAUUAUUAAAAUCAUUUUAAAUCAUACCGGGAAAAUUAUUGGGAAUAAAUUUAAGUAUAGAAAUCGGAAUGCUGUGGCUGAACCUUUGAAACAAAUAUCUGAUUAUGCAUCUUUUAUGACCAUUAAAGAUUUACAACUGCUUGGGCGUGCUCGUGAUACUGCUCGAACUCAUCUUGAUGAAAAUCAUCAUGGUCAUGUUCAUCCUCAUGCUCAUCAUCAUCAUCAUAAUCUUAAGAAAUCUCGGACUUAUUCUAAUAAUGCCUUUGCAUUUGAUGGGUAUCUUAAGGAUAUUACUGAUGAGGGAGAGGAAUCCGAUACCUCUGUGGCAGUAGAUACUACUGUCUAGUCGAUAUUAUAGGGUGUUUAUAGAAUAUGUAAUAUAAUUAUGAAUUGAAUAAGUAAAUUGCGCUACUGUGUAAAAAGGAAACAGCUCUAUGUUAAAAUUGGAAUAAACAAAUAGUUAG